CCGCCGCCGCCGCCACCGCCUCCCCCGCCCGGCGUCAUGGCCGCUGCGGCCGGGGACGGCACCGUAAAGCCGCUGCAGAGCGCCAUGAAGCUGGCCAACGGGGCCAUCGAGUUGGACGCCGGCAACCGGCCCCGGGAGGCAUACACGGAAUACCUGCGGAGCAUCCACUAUAUCUCCCAGGUGCUACUGGAAGAAGUGGAAACCACUAAAGAAGCUGGGGAAACCAUGCCCCCUGAUACCUCCAAGAUGCUGAAGCUAGCACAGCAGUGUCUGGAGAGGGCCCAGUCGACAGCCGCCAAGCUUGGGAAAACACGCCUGAAGCCAGCCAUGCCUGCGGCUGCUCCCAACCCCCAACCUGCCGGCCGACACCGACGUGUGUAUUCAGACGAAGGAGGGAAGCUCUCUCCUUUUCUUCCGCCUGAGAUCUUCCAGAAGCUUCAGGGGGCAGAGUCACGAAGCUCUAAGAAAGAGCUGACGCCCUUGGAGGAAGCCUCCCUGCAGAAUCAGAAGCUGAAGGCUGCGUAUGAGGCCCGGAUGGCCCGACUAGACCCCAGCCAGGCUAUGCAGAAGACAUCCCUGACCCUCUCUCUACAGCGGCAGAUGAUGGAGAACCUGGUGAUCGCCAAAGCCCGGGAGGAGACACUCCAGAGGAAGAUGGAAGAGCGCCGGCUGCGGCUCCAGGAGGCCGCCAACAGGAGGUUUUGUAGCCAGGUCGCCCUGACGCCAGAGGAGCGGGAGCAGCGGGCACUUUACGCAGCUAUCCUGGAGUACGAGCAGGACCACGACUGGCCGAAGCACUGGAAGGCCAAGCUUAAGAGGAGCCCGGGGGACCUGUCGCUGGUGACCAGCCUGCUGUCACACCUGCUCAGCCUCCCUGACCACCCGAUUGUGCAGCUCCUGAGGCGGCUGCAGUGUGCAGUGUACAGCACCCUGUACCCUGCAGUGAGCAGGGCAGCUGCGCCAGCCCCGGGCUGCUGCCCCCUGACCCCCAACCCUGGAAGCCGGCGGCUGCGGCCCUCGCAGAGCCUCCACUGUAUGCUGUCCCCGUGUGAGCCCAGCACAGCCCCGUGGCCCCAGGACAGCCCCCCCACACCCCCACUCCACCCCCACCCCACGGGGCCUCCCUCACCUGUUGGGGACAUUGCGUCUGGCCUGCCGGACAAGGACAGCUCGUUUGAGGACCUGGAGCAGUUCCUGGGGACGUCUGAGUGGCAGGGCCGGGCCCAGGGCCAUGGCGGGCAGCCCGAGCCCCAACUGCAGCAGCUGAAGAGCGCGGUGGAGGACAUCCACAACGCCAUCGCCCAGCCUGCAGGUGGUGAUGGCCCCAUGCCUCAGCCCUUCUCAUUUUGGAAAUGGAGCAGUAGAGACGGGGUUUCACCAUGUUGGCUGGUCUCAAAACUCUUGACCUCAGACAGGCUGCUCUCGCUGACCCUUCUGGCCUUCGAAGGCCUCAACACAGCUGCCUCCAAGGACCGCUGCCUGGCGUGCAUAGAGGAGCCCUUCUUCUCCCCGCUGUGGCCUCUGCUGCUAGCCCUGUACAGGAGCGUGCACCAAGCCCGGGAGGCCGCUCUGAGCAGGAGCAUGGAGCUCUACAGGAAUGCACCCCCCACCGCCAUCGGCAUCCCCACCAAGCUCCUCCCCAAGGACCCGGAGGCCAAGGGGACCUACCCCUACUGUGCUGCGGCCCAGGAGCUUGGACUGCUGGUCCUGGAGAGCUGCCCCCAAAAGAAGCUGGAGUGCAUAGUUCGGACCUUGCGGGUCAUCUGUGUCUGCGCAGAAGACUACUGCCCCACCUCAGAGGCCACACCCCAGGCCGGACCCCAGCCCAUUGCUGCAGCAGCCAUUGGUGCCGACGACCUGCUGCCCAUCCUCUCCUUCGUGGUGCUGAGGAGUGGCCUCCCUCAGCUGGUGUCGGAGUGUGCGGCCCUGGAGGAGUUCAUCCACGAGGGGUACCUGAUCGGAGAGGAGGGUUACUGCCUGACAUCACUGCAGAGUGCCCUGAGCUAUGUGGAGCUGCUGCCCCGGGGAGGCCUGGCCAAGCAGUAGAGCCAGACCCAGGGCUCUGGCAGGGCCCGGCCUUGCUUCCCAGGGCUGUACCUCCCGCACCUAGAGCCACGGGCCUACCGAGGACCGCCCUGGAGCCCCAGACUGCUCUGCACACGGCGCGAGGGCACUGGGGAGCUGGUCCGUGUUGUGGGCUCUCCAGCUCUUGCCCCUUCCUCACCCCACAUCUAACCCUGGAGCUUGGGGUUGGCACCUCUGCCCCAACAGGAUGGGUCUGAAGCCCCUCCAGGAGGAACCCAGCCCUGCUCUCCUGUGCAAGUGUCACAGGCUGAGAAGGGAAGCCACAGGCUCCAGCAGGUGCAGGCUCAGCCAUGAGCGUCUGGCUGGGUCCUGCUCUGCCCUUCACUGGGGCAGCUCCUGGGAAGCAUCAGGAAAGAGGGGGCCAUGAGCCAGCCAGCAGUGGAGGCAGCAGUCCAAUUUCUCUUCCCUCCCGCCCCUAGAAAGGGGAGUUGUAACCCCAUGAAGCAGUUUCUUGUCUGGGUCAGGAGCAAGGGCUGGCUGGGGCCUGAGGCGCAGCUGGCUGAGCUCUAUGCUGAUCAGCAGGGUCAUCCCUGGGGGGUCUGGGACUCUCAGCCCAGGACAUUCCCUGCCCUUGCUCACCUUGGCAGUGGGCAGUGAACGUUCUGGGACUCCUGGCAAACUCCCACCCUGGGCAUCUUCUCCAGGUCCGUGCAGCCUAAAAUAAAGAGGUCACUGCUGUC